AUGUCGAACUCAGCACAAACCCCUUUACCCCAGGUCGGGAAGCUCGUGAGCGUUGUCCCGGUCGGUCUUAAAGAAGCUGCCCUCGACUCGCCCACCUUCCGCGCCACGACCCUUCAUUUCUCCGAUCAGAUCGACUUUAUCGAAAAAUGGCUCGACGGAUAUGCCAAAGCUGCAACCAAACUCUCAUCUGAAUUGACUGCUUUAGAGAAUGUCGUGAACAACUUUCUAUCCUACUCGACACACCCUCUUGUGGUCUCUGAAGCGGUUGUCGAUCAUGACUACACACUCUUGGCCAUGCGUAGGUGCGGGGAGAGUUCCAAAGAUCUUUGGAGUGGACUGGUUACAACGACCAGGAAAAUGGAGUCGUUGAUCUCCGAGCCCAUUCGAGACUUCAUCCACGAGGAUCUGCGCCAAUUCAAGGAACUCCGCCGCAACCUUGAGCACACCCAAAAACAGUAUGACUACUUACAGGCUCGAUAUGCCUCUCAGUCAAAAUCGAAGGAAGCAUCAGCCCUGCGAGAAGAAGCCUUCCAGCUGCACGAGGCUCAUAAGGCUUAUUUGAAAGCAUCGAUGGAUUACUCAGUCCAAGGGCCCCAGGUGCGCAAUGCGCUGGAUCGACUUCUUGUCACAUUAUCUUGUGAUCAAUGGCGGGAGUUCCGAGGUUUCCACAAUCAGAACAAUGGCACUUUCUCGAAAUGGUCACACGAGAUGGAUCGCAUCAAGGGCUGGCUCCAUGAAAUGGAAGCCAGUGAACGCUCAUCUAAGAAGGAGUUGCUCUCUACCAGAAAGUACAUUGAGGACGCGGCAGAGAUUGCGACUCGCCCGUCUCGAGAAUUGGAAGACUACAACAUUUCGACCGUCCCUUACCUGGGAUCUCGCCCUAUCUCGACCGUCCCAGUGAGCAAAGAGACGAGACCCGAGAAGCAAGGCUGGUUGUAUCUGCGUACACUUUCGGGAAAACCUACUCGUCAUGUUUGGGUCAAGCGUUGGGCUUUCCUUAAGCACGGUAUCUUUGGGUGUCUCGUGCAAGGAUCCCGUACUGGUGGUGUUGAGGAGAGUGACCGCAUUGGUGUAUUGCUAUGCAGCAUUCGCCCUGCUUUCCAGGAAGAGCGCCGAUUCUGCUUCCAAGUCAAGACAAAGAACAACACCAUCCUUCUGCAGGCAGACAAUCAAAAAGAGUUGAUGGAAUGGAUUGGUGCAUUUGAAGCUGCCAAGCAGAAGGCGCUCGAGAACCCUGCCAGCACUGAUCUUUCGGUUUCUGGAAAGCAUACGGUUCAGGAUCCUGCAUUUUCAAUCUCUCAACCCCCUGCUCCUGAAUUUGCCGCAGACCCCGCAGACUCUCUCACUCCACAUGCCCAUGACGAAUCGAGCUCGGCGGAACGCAGCAUGACACUGCCUGUUCCAGAUCGCGAUGGGAAUAUCAUCAGAAAUAGCACCGACAUCGCAGGCAGCAGGAGACCCACAGUCUUGGAUAGUGAGAGUUCGACUCGAGAUCAUGCCAGAGAACACACUUCUCGUUUGAUUCAGAAGUUGGACCUCCAUCGAAAGUCGAACAACGCACCCCCGACAUCUCCCUCAAUCCCUGGACCGGUAGGAGGAAUUGCAAGUCUCAUUUCCGCCAGUCACAAUAUCCUCCCCUACAGCACGACUGUUCCAAUCAACCAGAACGACGAUAGCAUCAACCGCGGUCGCAGUUUCAGCAAUGUGGAUGAGCCUGGCUCAAGCCUUGCACCUGCUACACUUGCCAACCCCCCAGCUCCUACAAGUAUGAGCAAAGCUGCAGUCGUCGUGAGCAACGAAAGAGGUAUUGGGCUCGGUGUUUCUGAUAGCACAGGUGGCAUGCCUAGUGGAAUGAUGGCAAACUUGUGGGGUAGCUCCAACUGGGGCUUUGUGAACAAGCUCCAACGUGAACAGCACGAGAUCGAUGCGGCACAUGGUCCAGAAGGUCGCCCAUCUUCUACCCUCAGUGACGGUUCAGUAAGGACGAUUGCCGCUCAGCCUGAUGCCUCAAGUGCCUCUGAGCCCGUGAAGCAAUCAGGACCACGCCAUAGACAGACAGUGAGUCUGGAUGGUGAUGACGUUAAACUUACCCAAGCUGCGUUGGGGAUCGGACAUGAAUAUCCCAGCUAUUAUCCCCAACAGCUAAGGAUACAAGAUGCUCAAUUCCGCUUGCUCUUCCCAGAUGUCAAAAGGGAGGAAGCAUUGGUGAUGGUGUUCAGGGCAACCUGGAGUCCAAAUGACACACAAGAAUUCCCUGGACGAGCUUAUGUCACUACAAGAAACAUCUACUUCUACAGUCACCACUUUGGCCUAGUCUUGACGACUGGUGUUUCUUUGGAGAGCAUCAAGGAAGUGACGGCAGCACCUGGCAGAGACUGUGAUUUCCUUUUCCUACACACCAUCCCUCCACUCGGCAGCGACACACCCGGUCGAGUCACGAUCAAAACCUUCCUCGAACCACUCAGACUUGUCCAAAAACGUCUCAACUUCUUGAUCCAAGGGUCUAUUGCCGUGGAGCAGCUGUCUUUGGAAUCACUUCUCAAAGCAUUGAUAAAAAUGGACUCAGGCUCUCCAACUCGGGCGUCCAGUGCAGAUAGCUGGGAAGAUCUCUCGUCUGGACUUGCAGAUAUCAAGGCAGACGGGAAGUAUCCUGACCGGAAUCGGGAAAAGGACUUCAAAGUACCCAUAUACAUCGACAAAGAUCUUGACUUGGAUCCUGGCAAAGCUUCCCGGAGCCGAGACAUUGCGAAAUUCAGACUUCCAACCCAACCCGUGGAGUAUGUUCCGCAAGGCGACCUUUCUCUAGUAGCCGAAAAGGUUCUUGACAUUAGCCCCAAAGCUUUGUUCCACAUCCUGUUCGGUGACAAGAGUGCGGUGUGGCAGCUUCUAUUGCAUGAGAGACAAGCUCGCGACAUCAAACAAGGCCCAUGGGUUGCUGCAAAAUCACGGCAUUUGAGACGUGACUUCCACUACAACAUUGGAGCGUCGGACAUCUUUGGCCGCACUCAAGAAAAUGCCAUCUCAGAUUAUCAGAUCAUCGAUGUGCUGAACGAUCACUUGUGCUAUGUGGUCACAGACAAGAAGACUCCAUGGCAUCUUCCAUUCCGACGAUCCUUCAGGUUGGUCAGUAAAGUGGUCAUCACGUUCCACGCCAAAUCAAAAAGUAAAAUCGCCAUUUUCACCAAAGUUGAAUGGCUAUGGUCUCCUUAUGGCCUCAAAAAUGUGAUCGACAAAAAAGCCAAUGAUGACCUGGAGCAAGAUGCUUUAGAUCUCGUGGACUUGGUCAGUGACCAAGUUCGCCGUUUGGGGGCACACAGUCGCACCAAAAAGGCCAUCACAAUCUUCGGUCAUGUCGGACGCCAAAACCAAACCUCCCAUUUCAGCGGUGCCGGAUCAAGUCUGAAGCUGGAGCCUCGAAAGCCCCGCACACCCCGUAGUAUGCAUGCGCUUCUCCUCGAGACAGUCCUAUCAUUCUUGGAGACCAGCGUUUCCUUCUUGAUGAUGUGGGUCUUUGGUAUCGUCCGCUGGUCCUGGAAGACUGUGAGUGCACACAAGAUCAUCUUGGUCUUGUUAGCCACAAGUGCAGUAAUGAACGGAUACUAUUCCUCUCGGGAUAGCUGGGACUGGUGGCACGAGCGUCAUGCAGGCAAAUUCAUGGCGCGGCUCGGAGUCCAGCCAAAUCUCGUCAUGAGCAAAGCGAUCUACAUGAACGAUAUCAAUGAGGCAGUCGCAAACACGACUAUCUGGUCCGCAACCGGAAAUACGAGUGACUGCUUUGCUACUUUCAACGAGCAGGUGAUGCGCUAUUCUGAUAUGCCGCUAGCAUUUAGCUCGCCGGGUCCUCGGGAUACUCUGACGAAGAGCGCUAUCAAACGCUUCCAGCAGACUCGUGAGCGCCUCGGCAUGUACAGACACAACCUGCUAGUUGCAAUGCGUGUGGUGAACAGCAUCGAAAAAGAAGUCAUUCAGACUGAAUGGGAGCGUUGGCUUCGCGAAGAAAUGCGUCGCUGUCACCAGAUCGAGGUCCGUCUUGGUGGUGAGACCCAAGGUGAUUCGGAGGGUCGUCAUGCACAAGCUGAGCGUGUCUUCGCUGACCAUGCGGACGAUGUUAUGCAGUGGUAUGAAGAAUACUGCUCGAGUUGUCGAUUGGAGCAAGACCAAAUCACAUCGAAUGACAGCAAUGACUUGCUUGCUUGA